UGUGUGUUAGGAUAAAGAGCAGAUAUUGGACCUACAGAUUUGGUCACGGUGCCUCUCUCUGGCCCUUUUUAGAUGCAUUGAUGGAAAAGUCAGUGCAGACAACCGAGGCAGACAGACCUGAACAAAUAAUGGAGGGUGGACACGGUGGGGAGUUGUCAGUCAUGCAGCCCUUACUCAUUGGUUGCCUCAGACACAGGAGCUCUCCCUCUCACUCUCUCAUAAAUGCGCUCCCACCACCGACCGUAGCAGAUAAUCACAGGCCACUGUGAGGGGGACACACCUUCUGCUCAUUUUGCCUCACUUUACCCGGGGAUGCGUUUCGAUUCUCAAAACGGUGUUAUCAGUCCAAGACCCGAGUCAUUUUUGCAGCUUGCAGUUUCGCAUUUUUUCGACUUUUGCGCAUAGGUUACGAGGCUCCUCCGCUCCAAAAUCGAAUAUGACUGGGGUUUUUGAGAACUUAAAUACUGAUAUGCAUUCCAACCAGAUUACCUCAAGCAAUUACCACAGCUUGCACAAGUCGCAGGAGUCGCCGACUCUACCAGUGUCCACGGCCACGGACAGCAGCUACUACAACAGCCAACAGCCGGGCCACUGCGCAGGGUCUCCUUUUGGUCCACUCGGCUCGUAUCAGUACCAUGGCAGCACCACGAGUACUGUGCCAUACAAUGCCAAGUCUUACGACCUCGGUUUCAACUCGACUUAUGGUGCAUAUAGCUCCUACGGCUCCAACCCCUCUCCUACUCCGGCAGAUACAGGUAAGGAAGUUAUUGAUUUAUUUACUGAUAACUAUCAUCUUUUGAGAUUGAUUUCCAAUCUAUUUCUCUGAAAUGAAAUGUAAAAGACAACGAAUCAUGUGUUACACAAAACAACCAUGUGGUAAGAAUUGAUAAGACACAUGUAAUGUACAUUUGUGAACUGAAAAAAAAAAAAACACAGUGCUUUAUUGUUAAAACAACUUUCUGUGAUAUAUCAACAGAAUAUUAUUUAUUAUUAUGCUAAAACAUGUUUAACAAAAAAGUGCUGCAUGCGUAAUAAUUCAAGGCAAAUAAGGAAUAGGCAAUAUCUCUCAUGCAUGAAUAGAUUCUAUGUUAUUGAAUAUUGAAGGCUUGAAUGUCCUUGCAGAGAAAGAAGAGAGUGAACCAGAAAUCCGGAUGGUAAAUGGAAAACCAAAGAAGGUCAGGAAACCUCGAACCAUUUAUUCCAGUUUUCAGCUGGCAGCACUUCAACGGAGGUUUCAAAAGACGCAGUAUUUGGCUCUACCAGAACGGGCCGAGCUGGCAGCUUCACUGGGCCUUACUCAAACACAGGUGGGUACAUCAAAAACACUGAUUUAUUCUCUGUCAAAUCGCAACUUCAUGUCUAAUAGGAAAAGAAAAACAAUCCUUGAAAUGUGAGUCGGAGCUGCAAAAUAUUGAUUCAUUAAUAUGUGACUUGCAUCUAAUUUUUCUGACAGGUAAAAAUCUGGUUCCAAAACCGCCGCUCCAAGUUCAAGAAGUUGUGGAAAAGUGGAGAAAUCCCCCCAGAGCAACAUGUUGCUUCCAGUGAAUCUCCCCCCUGCACGUCUCCCCCAACUACUGCCUGGGACUUUCCACAGACUCAAAGAAUGAACAGUGUCAACUCCAGUUUACCUCAGAGUAGCAGCCCUCCCAACACGGCUGCGCCCACAUCGUUUUUGGCAAACUACUCCUGGUACUCAACCACGAACUCUACCACGCAUCUGCAGCCUCCUCUGGUCCAGCACCACCACAACUCCGCCAUAAGCGCUGGGACGAUAUUCUGAAAUACAAAAAAAAAAACUAAAAAAAAAACAAACAAACAAACAAAAAUAUCGGGUUCAAAUCGGACAAUACUGGUGAAGAAAUGAGAAAUGCCAAUACCUUUAUUUUGCAGACCUCGUGUGUGCGCCAUGCGAACUUUACGCAGAGGCAUCUAAAGAGAAGUUAAUGGAGCCAGACAGGUUCAUGGACCUUGCCAGUUUUCGCAAAUGCUAGACAGAUCAGAUUUUUACAGUUAUUUUUGUAUUUAUUUAUUUUGUCUAUGUCGAGGGAUGUAUGAACCACUAUUACCCAAAGCAAUCACAGCCUGGGCGCAAGCCUGCUUUUACGCGGACGUCACUUUUUUGCCAUCCCUGCGCAUCAAAUGUUCACCGCAGGACAACCUGUCACAAAUGUAGCACAAGUUAACUGUAUCGUGCCUUUUUCAAUAUGACCUCAUUGUUGUGCGUUGAAACGUUUAUCCAUCCCAUGUCAUUAGUUGAGUUGAAUAAACUGAUGGGUAAGUGUCUGAAUCCACAUUUGUAAAUAUUUCACCACAGCUUUUUUUUUUGUCAGCCCACGUUUCUUCGAUUUUUAUUUUUCUAGGCUAUGAGUGCAGAUCCAUAAUAAUCCACCGUGAGCUACUGAUUGUUCCAGCCUCUGAUUUUCUGUAUCACAUUUGGUUGUAUUUUUGUCUUAUUUAUUUUAGCAGUGAUCCAUAUAGCCUAUGGCAAGACGUUAUUUAAAUAAAAGUUGUUUUCUGUGCAUAUUGGGUUCCUAUUUCCUUUGUAAAAUUGUUAUUUGUGCGCAUAGCUUAAGUGAAAUUACAAUGAAAGGAUGUUUUCUCACUUAUUUUGAUUUAAAAAAAAACUUAGAUUUGUAUACUUUAAAAUAAAAAGGAAGGAAUUGUGAUUUUGA